CGUCAGAAACCCGCAGCAGAUCCGCACAGUAACCUCGCUCACCUCAUCCAUCCACGAAGCGAAAAAAAAUACAAGAAAACAAAAAAAAAGAACCCGAUAUCAAGUCGAUCACCAGAACGCAAAUAUGCAACUCUCCUUCACCGUCGCUACACUCGUCUUCUUCGGCACCACUGCGCUGGCAGCAACAGCCGACGUCAUGGGCUGGACCGAGCGCGACUGCCGCGGCGAAUCGAUCGGCUGCAUCGGACUGAACGAGAACCAAUGCUGCAAUUUCGGCAAAGCACUAAACGCGAUCGCCUGGAACCUGCCGGCGGACACGCACGGCCGAGGAUUCGCUGGCGAGGCCUGUGGCGGACAGCAGAGUGCGCCCGUUAUGGGCGAGCAGUCGAAUGCGUGCUACAACUAUGCGGAACCGCUCAGGUCGGCGAGGUCAAUAGCCGGCUCUCCGCUCAGUAAGCGGUGGGCUGGGAGGAUCAAGAGGGACGGCGAGGAUUGUGCCACGCCGAACCAGUACGCGUACUACGGCGACGAUGGCAAACUGGUGACGAAGAAGAUUACCCCGGAAAAUGCGGUCGAGGUCUUUGGCUGGAUAGAAAAGGGUCAGACGGACAAGCUGCACACGUUGGAAGCGUUCUAGGUGCUGGUUGGAGGUGUUCUUAGUUGGAAUUGUUCCUGGUUUCAAGCGUUCUUUGGUUGGAAGCGUUCUAGGUGCUAGUCGGUCAUGUAUGUACGAUGAGUUGGAUGUGUAAUGUGAAUGAACUGCUAUUCUGAUACCCACUCUUCGCUCGUUCUCAUUGCCAGUCACUCGGCCGAGAGCGAUCUUUUUAUGUGUUGAAACUUGAGACUGCUCCAGAAAGUUACAGCAUUGACGGC